CCCUUCGUGUCGCCGCCAAGAUGGUGGCGCCCAUGUUGCGGGGCAUUUCUCGGGGCCGAUGGUUUUUCACCCCGGGCCCGCCAGGAGUCUUGCCCCUGGGACUUCGUGAGGCCCACUCAGCCGCCCAGGGGUUGCUGGCGGUGCAGAAGGCUCGGGGUCUUUUCAAGGAGUUCUUCCCCGAGAGGGGUACGAAGAUAGAGCUCCCAAUGCUCUUCGAUCGCGGCACGGCGGGCAACUUUCCCCAGACCAUCUACUGCGGUUUCGACCCCACGGCCGACUCGCUUCAUGUGGGGCACCUGCUGGCGCUGCUGGGACUGUUUCACUUCCAGCGAGCGGGCCACAACGUGAUCGCGCUGGUGGGAGGCGCCACUGCGCGCCUGGGAGACCCCAGUGGCCGCACCAAGGAGCGCGAGAUGCUGGACGCAGAGCGCGUGGGAAGGAAUGCGAGCGCCCUGCGCCAAGGACUGGAGGCCUUGGCGACUAAUCACCAGCAGCUCUUCAGCAAUGGGCGCACAUGGGGCAGUUUCACGGUGCUGGACAACUCUGCCUGGUACCAGAAGCAGCAUCUGGUGGACUUCCUAGCGGCAGUGGGCGGCCACUUCCGCAUGGGCACGCUGCUGAGCCGGCUGAGCGUACAGACGAGGCUCAAGAGCCCCGAGGGCAUGAGCUUGGCCGAGUUCUUAUACCAGGUGCUCCAGGCCUAUGAUUUCUACUACCUGUUCCAACGUUAUGGAUGCCGGGUUCAGCUGGGUGGAUCUGAUCAACUGGGCAAUAUCAUGUCCGGAUACGAGUUCAUCCAUAAGUUGACUGGAGAAGAUGUAUUUGGCAUCACUGUUCCUCUAAUUACAAGUACAACUGGAGCAAAACUGGGAAAGUCAGCUGGAAACGCUGUUUGGCUAAACAGAGAUAAAACAUCUCCAUUUGAAUUGUAUCAGUUCUUUGUCAGGCAGCAAGAUGAUUCCAUAGAAAGGUACCUGAAGCUCUUCACUUUUCUGCCCCUGCCGGAGAUUGACCACAUAAUGCAGCUGCACGUCAGAGAACCAGAAAAGCGGGGUCCUCAGAAACGACUUGCUGCAGAGGUCACGAAGCUUGUUCAUGGACAAGAAGGGCUGGAUUCCGCUAAGAGGUGCACACACGCCCUUUAUCACAGCAGCAUCGAUGCCCUGGAGGGCAUGUCUGAUCGCGAGUUAAAGGAGUUGUUCAGAGAAGCUUCAUUUUCUGAAUUAGUUCUUGACCCUGGAACAAGCGUCCUAGAUACCUGCCGCAAAGCAAAUGCCAUUCCCGAUGGUCCCCGGGGGUAUCGGAUGAUAACAGAAGGCGGAGUCAGUAUAAAUCACAGACAAGUAACGAAUCCUGAGAGUGUUUUAGUUGUUGGACAACAUAUUCUUAAGAAUGGACUUUCAUUACUUAAAAUAGGAAAAAGGAAUUUCUACAUCAUAAAAUGGCUUCAGCUAUGAUGAAAAAUCCUUCUGCUGGUUCAAACUUAUCAGUUAUUCAUUCUCAAGACAUCGGGAAGGUUGGCUCCAGAACUUUUACCUUCACUUACGCAGAUCAACAGAGAAUGGAGUAUACUCUAGGCCUCACAGUGUGAGUAAUUGUAUUAUUUACAUAGAUUGGUUAAUAAGUGUUUAUGUAAU